CAAUCAUUGUUGUUGAACUGAAAUGAUGUUACUGCUGGCCAACUUCUCAGUUAUAACACUGAACUCAUUCUUCAGGUUGAAGGACAGCCUCUUGCCAGUGACUCCUCUGAGACUGAGAUGUCCAGAACUACAGAACAGAUUCCCCAGGGAUCUCCAUGCUCCCAGAUGCAGGUUGAAGGACAACCUCUUGCCAGUGACUCCUCUGAGACUGAGAUGUCCAGAACUACAGAACAGAUUCCCCAGGGAUCUCCAUGCUCCCAGAUGCAGGUUGAAGGACAACCUCUUGCCAGUGACUCCUCUGAGACUGAGAUGUCCAGAACUACAGAACAGAUUCCCCAGGGAUCUCCAUGCUCCCAGAUGCAGGUUGAAGGACAACCUCUUGCCAGUGACUCCUCUGAGACUGAGAUGUCCAGAACUACAGAACAGAUUCCCCAGGGAUCUCCAUGCUCCCAGAUGCAGGUUGAAGGACAACCUCUUGCCAAUGACUCCUCUGAGACUGAGAUGUCCAGAACUACAGAACAGAUUCCCCAGGGAUUUCCAUGCUCCCAGAUGCAGACAUCACAUCCAAGUUCUGAGCCUCAAUGUAGCCUCCCAGAACAGGAUGAAUAUUCUGCCCCAAGGCUGAGGAGGACUAAAAGCAUACAGAUGAACAACCAGAUUCAUUUCGAGUCAGAUGAGCUUUACAGUCCCUCAGAUGAUAGUGGAGAGGAAUAUAUCCCUGAAACUAGUACAGAUCAUUCUGAUGAUACAGACACAAGUGAGGUUAUGGAGUCGUCUGACCACAAACUGAGUACUCCCAGGUGUCUAAACUUGAAGAAUAUCGAUGACAUCAAAGAUACAUGUUUAGAGGACCUAACACCGGUUUUGGAACAAAAUCUUCCUGACUCUGCCUCUUCUCUCCAUGUAGAAGAUGGAUUGUUUGAUGGUUCACUCAACAUACCUGCCGUUCGUAAAAAGGAGAAUGGGUCAAGAAUGUACAACAAAAAACAAUAUUGUUUGUACUGUAAGUUAGGAGUUGGAAAAAUGGCAAGGCAUUUGGAGCGUGCUCAUCAUGAUAAGCCAGAGGUUGCACAGGCUUUGUCCUUCCCAAAAGGAUCCAAAGAAAGACGACUGCAUCUGGAGCAUCUGAGAAAUAGGGGCAACUUUGCGCACAAUGUUGACGUAUUAAAUGUUGGUGUUGGAAGUCUUGUUCCUCGAAAGCAACCAAAGCAGAACUCUGAAGCACAGGAUUAUCUGCAUUGUAUAUAUUGUCAAGGUUUUUUCACAAAGAAAAUCCUCUGGCGGCACAUGAUGAUCUGCAAGUUCAAGCCUGGUGGGCCACAAAAACCUGGAAAAACGCGUGUCCAGGCCCUCUGUGCAUUUGCUUUGCCUGCACCACCUGGUGUCAAAGAAGAAUUUUGGAAGCUGUUGAACAACAUGGUUCAAGAUGAAGUUUAUUCUGCAGUCAAAUCUGAUGUGUGUAUCAUGGAGUUUGGUGAGCAUCUGUAUAACAGGCUUGGAUAUGAUGUUGGCAAACAUGAAUACAUUCGGCAGAAAUUGAGAGAGCUGGGAAGGCUUCUGGUAUGCUCAAGGAAAACUACUCCUUUGAAGACCAUUGAAGACCACAUCAGACCUGUAAAUUUCAUGCACGUUGUGCAAGCAGUGAAGCGUGUGGCAGGCCAUGACAGUGAAACUGACACAUACAAGUGUCCAAGUCUUGCCCUCAAAAUUGGACAUAGCUUGACAAAGAUUUCACAGCUUGUUGAAAGCCGUGCAAAUAUACAGAACAACUACCCUGUGGCGAAAGAUGCCCGUACAUUCCGUAGAGUGUAUGAAACCAGAUGGAAUGAACAGAUAUCAGCUGCAUCACUGAGAACACUUCAGGAAUCCAAGUGGAAUGCCCCUCGGUUACUUCCAUUCACAAAAGAUGUCCAGACUCUCCAUUCGUAUUUAGAUGUGCAACAACAACGUAGUCACAGUAAGUUGUCCACAGAGACAUCCCCACAGACAUGGACACAGUUGGCAAAGAUCACUUUGACACAAGUCAUUUUGUUCAACCCGGAGAGCAGGGGAGGUGUCAAAAAUGCCCCUCUCUGCAUAUUUGUCUCAAAAUGCAUCUGA